CCGCGCGUCCAGCCCGGCCUGUGGCCCCAGCCCCUGCGCCGCUCGCCCGACCCGCGAUCGUCCUCCGGACCGUGCCUUCUGGCCGCCCGGCCUGCCCGCGUGUGUGUUUUGAUCUGGGCCGGCCUCCGGGCCGUCCGUCCCCACUGGUCGGGCCAUGCCGAGUCGCCGCGUCGCCAGACCGUCCGCUGCGCCGGAGCUGGGGGCCUUGGGGUCCGCUGACCUCUCCACGCUCUCGCUCGCCGUUUCCAGGACCACGGAUGAAUUGGUUUUUGCUUCUCCCGCAGAGAUCAUCGACGAGUACAUCAAGGAGAACGGCUUUGGCCUGGAGGGGGCGCAGCCGGGCCCGGGCGAGGGACUGCCGCGCCUGGUGUCUCGCGGGGCCGCCUCCCUGAGCACCGUCACCCUGGGCCCCGCGGCGCCCCCGCCCCCGGCCACGCCGCCGCCCUGGGGCUGUCCCCUGGGCCGGAUCCUGCCCCCGGCCCCGGGCCCCGGGCCGCGGCCGCACCUGGUCAUCACGGAGCAGCCCAAACAGCGCGGCAUGCGCUUCCGCUACGAGUGCGAGGGCCGCUCGGCCGGCAGCAUCCUCGGGGAGAGCAGCACGGAGGCGAGCAAGACGCUGCCCGCCAUCGAGGUGGGGCCCGGGGUGGGGUGUCGCGGUCCCCCGCCCCCGGGAUUCGCGUGCGUGUAGUUAGCCUAGUUGACGGUCGUUAUUAUUAUUGCUGUUGCUGUUGUUGGAGCGGAUCAUAGUUAAUCACCCGGCCCCAGAUUCAAAAGGACAUUCAAAGAAAGGCCUCCUUCCUGGCAGUUGGCAGUAUUAAUCGAAAUUAUCAUUGCCGUGGAAAGGCAGACGCGAUCUCCUGGUCCACAAGGGAGGUCUUAAUAAUCGGAGUGGCCAAGUUUGAAUGAAUCCCCGUUCUGCCAUUUACUAGCUGUGCAGCCUUGGGCUGCUUAUUCAGUCCCUCUGUGCCUCAGUUUCCUUCUCUACAAAACGGGAUAAUAAUAAUGCUAAGCCACCUGCGGUUGUUGGGAGGCGGAAACGAGUUAUUUUAUACACGCCAAGGGCCUCCAGCACGGUAUGUGCUCCGUAGAGAUGAACUGAUGGCCUUACGGUGUUAACGAUUAUGACCAUCCAUCGUGACUCAUAGGCCUGGCCAUUCCAGGCACUGAUCAUGUAGAUAUAUGUCAGCCUCUGGGCAAAAAGAGGGAUGUGCAAGGUUAUCCCUUGCGGCCUUGCGUAAAGAAUCAGAAUGCAGCAUUCAUCAGCAUGGCACUGGUGAAAUAAUCCUGUGAACAUCUACACAUUGGAAUCCUACGCAGCCACGGCAAGUCUAUGUGUGUGAAUGUGUGUGCCGAUAAAUAUAAACACGUGCAGUUAGUUAACACAGAAAAAAUGUUAAAUGAAGCCCUCCCUUACUGUACUGAUGUGAAACCAUCUCCAAGAUAGAUUAAUAAACCAAAAAAAAAGGCACA